AUGGCCAGGACAAAAAGCGGCAAAACUGGCGGCAAGCGCUCCGCUCUUCAAGACGUUGUAACUCGUGAAUACACCAUCCAUCUGCACAAACUCGUGCAUGGCCGCUCCUUCAAAAAGCGUGCCCCAUGGGCCGUAAAAUCUGUCGUCGAUUUCGCCCGCAAGUCCAUGGGCACAACCGAUGUUCGGUUGGACCCCAAGCUCAACCAGGCAUUGUGGGCUCGAGGUGUUAAGAGCGUCCCUCACCGGAUAAGAGUAAAGCUUGAGCGCAAGCGUAAUGAUGAUGAGGGCGCAAAGGAGAAACUUUUCACGUAUGCCAGCCAUGUAGUUGUGACCUCGUUCAAGGGCCUCCAAACCGCUGUUGUAGAUGCAGAGUAA